AUGUCAUCAUGGUCAUGUCAAUAUUGUACACUAGUGAAUUCAAAUGCUAACACUUUAUGUGCUGCUUGUGGUGCAGAGCGGGAGUCGAGGAGAUCGGCGGCUUCCUUACUGCCAAAAUUGGUUAUUAAACCAAUUUCGGACGUUGCCAACGCAAUAAUAGAUGUUCUCAACGACUCGAGUGCGUCGGUUUCUAGGCAACUGAAUCGCUUCCUUCCAGGUUCCUCACCAAUUCGACCUUCGUCGUCAUAUCCUGAUCUUCCAAGUUAUAUUACUUCUCCAGGGGCUUCUUAUUCUUUUAACGGUUCUAGUACAUCACCGGCAUCACAUGAGAACUCACUAGAAUGGAUAUGUCGAAAGUGUUCGAAAGCGAACCCCGAUUUCUUGACGUUCUGUGAAUGUUGCAAUGAACGCAAAUCAAUAGGAUCAAAACGGCGUCAGCGCGGAUUGUACCGUAACGGUCCAUCGACUUCGGCUGACUCCCCUAUGUCGAGUAGUAGUGGCAAGAUCGCUGCAGGCGACGACGCGAGCACUUUGUGCUCGGAGGUGAUGACCGAGGUUGAACGUCAUGAUCGGGAGAAUGCAUCUACGGCUUAUAAUAAUAUUGUUGACGUUUGUAGACAGUUUAAAACGACGUUUAUUGAUGAUGGUUUCCCCCAUACUCCGAAAUCGAUUGGUGACCUGUACAGCGAUGAUGAAGGUGCUAUUGUUGGUAGAAUUCCAAAAACCUUCAUUUGGUUGCGACCUGAGCAAAUGUAUACGAAGGAUGGGCGUGCCUGGCCAUGGACUGUUUUCAGAGAUCCGCGCUCUUCUGAUAUAGAACAAGGUUGUUUGGGCGACUGCUGGCUUCUGUCGGCGAUGGCCUUGAUUGCGGAAAGACCCGAUGUCCUAGAGCAUAUUCUGUUGACGAAGGAAUAUUCUUGCUUUGGUGUGUAUCAAGUGAGACUUUGCAUCGACGGGCAGUGGAAGAUCGUAUUAGUGGAUGACUUUUUCCCGUGUAGAGUUGAGUCAAGAUCAAUAGCGUUCGCUGAUGGAAGGAAGAAUCAGCUCUGGGUACCACUCAUCGAGAAGGCGUUGGCAAAGCAGCUCGGAAGCUACGCUCGUUUGCGGGCUGGCAGAACAAUCGAAGGAUUGGCUACUUUGACAGGUGCACCGGUGGAAAUGGUCUCUCUGGAGGAUGAUACCGACAAAGAUGUAAGAUGGGCAAGAAUCUUGAGCGCAAGAGAGGCUGGUUUUAUAAUGGGUUGCAGUUGUGGUGCAGGAAAACGACAUGUGAAUCCCAGAGCUUUCGAAAAGAAUGGACUGCUCGCACGACAUGCUUACUCCAUUUUGGAUAUGAAACAGAAGUUACUGUCAGGAGAGCCUUCUACAGGGACGUUUUGGAUAAGCUACGAUGAUUUUCUCGCCCAUUUUGAUGCUAUCGAUAUUGCAAAGAUAAGAUGGUAUCACGGCUGGCGAGAGUUGCGCAUACCGAUGCAGUUCGGUGGAUAUUUCAUAGACACUGACAGAGCCGUUCGUAUUCUCAUUGAAGAGUCAACUGAGGUGGAUAUUCUUCUGUGCUUGCAUAUAGUUUCGCCAUCCGGCACGAUUGGGGAGCUUGUUCAUCGUUCUCAUCGUAAACUAGAGCCUUUUGUUAGCACAGGCGAUGUGUUCUUGCGUUCAGGGCACUACGUCGUUAUUUGCCAUAGCUUUACAACGUUAGGCACUAGAAAGAUUCAAGGUUGUCUAGCGAUUCACAGUUCUAAACCCAUCUACGCGGACAUGCUACCAUGCCCGGCAUCCAUGUUUACUGACUCAUUAGUGCAAAUGGUCCUGAAGGAGGGGAAAAUCCAUAAGUCACUGCCCGGAGUGUUUCCUCGUUAUGUCAAUGAAGACUUUUCGGGUUUACUACUGAUGAUAGAUAACGUUCUGGAGGAUAUGUGGGUCCAUGCCAAGGUAGAGUGCUCGAACUCCACUAACCUGCUUUCGUCUCGUGGAGCCUUGGAUGUCGCUGACUCGAUUCCUCCACUCAGCCGUCAGAUCAUUAUCAUUCUCACGCAUUUUGAACCUACACAAAGUUUUUCGGUAGAGCAUCAACUCUUUGUUCGAGUGUCACCUUAUCCCGCGUUAGCAGAUUUUAUUGUGAAUAGAGGAUUUGGAGUCAGUACUGAAUCUCACUCACCAUCAUUUGGAUGUCAAGCGAUUGAACAGUUGCAUUCAAGAAAGGCACUGUUUUUUCCU